AUGGACGCUUCCUCCUUUGUUCAUCCUCAACCCCCACGGCCUAUUCCUCCCUCCCUCCCCCACCAGCACCACCACGCUCCUCCUCCCCCUCCACCCACCUCUGCCAUCAUCGCCAACCCCACCCCUCCCUUUCUCAACCAUAACAACAGUCACCCUCCUUAUACUGAGAUGAUAAGCUCGGCCAUCACUGCAUUGAAAGAGAAGGAUGGGUCGAGCAUGCGAGCUAUCGCGAAGUACAUAGAGAAAGUUUACGUGAAUUCUCUUCCGCUGAAUCACCCGGCCUUGUUGUCUCACCACCUCAAGCGGUUGAAGAACAUUGGUCAGCUUGUUAUGGUCAAGAAAUCAUACAAGCUUGCUAGAUCUCCUGACGUUGCUUUCAUUGUACCGCCGGAAAGUAAUAAUUUUACUCCCGAAAAUGCCACUGGUAUUAGUUCAGCCCAUGGGCCUAAAACAGGCUAA